AUGAAGUUGAUGUUCCCUGGCCUACCCAAUAGGCUCGAGUACAUUGCAGAGUUUUGUCUGGCUUCGCUGGUCUAUCAUUCCUCUUUCCUGAAGGCUACGCUUUCUCCACAGCACCAUUUAUUUGAGACGCCGCUUUUCCAAGACGAAGAACUGCUAUUAAAUCUCACAACCAGAAUUAGAACGGGUGAUGGUUGCGCUGCGGCGCGUAUACGACCGACUGGGGUUCCACCUCACGUGGCUAUACUCUGUGAAAUGAAGGGUCUAAAGGACGGUUUGCUGGAAUCGGUGUCAAAAAUUGAAGCUACCCGGCUUGAUACUGUUCAAGAUAUUAUAUCCGAGCUCGAGAAGCGAGCUAUAGGUGCUGGAACGGUUACUUACGACGGCAACGAGGGUCAGCUUUGCCACUACUGGAGUGGAAAAUUUCGGCGUGUACCCGCAGAUUUUACCAUCCCUGAUUGCUCCGUACGUCACGUGUGGGUGCUGUGGAUGUGUGGUAACAAGAAGAUGCAGAAGCGUUUUAGCCAGCUUCGGUUUGUGAUGCUCAAGAUUGAGAAAGAUGCAACAUCUAAAGAGCUCAGCGUCGCUCUGAGCUGGGCGACAGUAGGAAAACUGUUGAGGAAGAAAGCAAAAACAACAAGUAGUUAG